AUGUCCAAACCCAAGAACUGGCCAGACUCAAUCCUAUACCUCAAGGCUCCUCUCCACUCAAGAGAGCUUACAGGCACACAAGUGGCGUCCCUGCGAGCCAACCCAGAGAAGCUCGCCGCCAUCCCCGCCUCAGCGACGCUCACACCAUCACCCAACGUCAAGAUCCAGCACAUACGGGACCAGUCACACCCAGCGAACGGGCAGUACGGCCUUUUUGCAGCGCAGAAUCUCAAGCCGGGAGCGUUUAUUCUCGCGUAUUUGGGCCGGGUGCACCCUGGCGGCUCGUCGUCCGCCGAGAGCGACUACGACCUGUGGCUGACGCGCGAUGGCGGGGAAGGCGAUGGGCUGGCUGUGGACGCAGCGUCAGAGGGCAACGAGGGCCGUUUCGUCAAUGACUACCGGGGCGUUGGAGAGAGAGCAAACGCAGUAUUUGGAACGGCGUUCUGCGAGCGCUGGGGCGAAGUGUGCAUGGGAGUCUGGGUCAUAGGUGGGAAAAACGCGGGCAAGGGCAUCAGAAAAGGCGAAGAAAUCCUGGUGAGCUACGGAAAAGGGUUCUGGGAAGAGAGAUCCAAGGAGUCCCAAGGAGACGCCGAGCGGCGAGAAGAGAGCCAUUGA